UGAAAUAAGAGCCAGUCCUGCACCUCUAUGUCUAUGGUCCUGCAGCGGAUCUUUGCAACCAUGGCAACAGCAACUGGGUAAAGGGUUUUGAGAAGAAAUGCAUGCUGGGGCGGAAAAGUAUGGCAGCCUUCUGUUGCUCUUUUAACCUCAUCGAGUAAAAUAAAACUUAGAGUUCUAUUCAAUGAAUUGCGAUUGCAAUUCUGUUUAUGACAAUGUCUUCCUUAUUACGUUGUAGUCGGUUUACAAGAACUGCCAAUGCACCGAUACUUUCUCGGCCCUUGCACUCGCACAUCAAUAAGACACGAGAGCUAUGGACACACACACGGUGUUUUCAGCAGUGGCAGUGUCUCCGUGUCGAUGGACAGUCCGGCAGUGCUGUAAUGCGUCUCUUUGGCCAUGCCAGAAAAGCACUGUGUCUUUCAGCUGCCCGUGGCUCAAAACCUUCAAAGGUUUCCCUGAAGUUUCUUAUUGGACCUGCCGCCCUUACUGUCACUGCCAGGGCUUUUAUCAAUGUGGCAUAUUGCCAGGAGGACAUCAACAAUAAUGUGCCUGUAGAGGUCCAAGCCACAGAGAAGACUCCGGAGUUCCAUUGGACUGUUCUCUGGGAGUUUGUGCGGCCUCAGAUCCUAGCCCUAUUAGGGGCUGUCAUUCUUGCUUUUGGAGCUGCACUCUUAAAUAUUCAGAUCCCCAUGAUUCUGGGCGAACUGGUGAAUGUGGUGGCCCGACAAAUGAGAGAACAGGCUGGCAGUUAUGUCAGAGACAUGCGGGGACCCGCCUUCAAGCUGCUGACACUCUACUGUAUCCAGGGGGCCCUGACCAGUGGCUACAUCGUCCUUCUGUCCAGAGUAGGGGAGCGGGUGGCUGCCGACAUGAGGAAAACCCUCUUUGCAUCGUUGCUUAGACAAGAUGUGGCCUUCUUUGAUGCUAACAAAACUGGCCACCUUGUGAAUCGUUUGACUGCCGACAUUCAGGAGUUCAAGUCCUCUUUCAAACUGGUUAUCUCUCAGGGUUUGCGGAGCUCCACUCAGACGGUGGGUUGCUUUGUGUCGCUGUACAUGAUUUCCCCUAAGCUCACAGGCCUCACUGUAGUGGUCCUGCCCUGUCUGGUGGGUGCGGGGGCCAUCAUUGGCUCCUUCCUACGGCAGCUCUCCAGAAAAGCCCAGGAGCAGGUCUCAAAAGCUACAGGGGUGGCAGAUGAGGCUCUGGGCAACGUGCGGACAGUGCGAGCUUUUGCCAUGGAGGACCGAGAGCUGCAGUUGUAUUCAGUUGAGGUGGAUAAAUCUUGUGAAAUGAAUGAAGCACUGGGAAGUGGCAUAGCUGUGUUCCAAGGCCUUUCAAACGUAGUUUUGAACUGCAUUGUUCUUGGCACAAUUUUCGCUGGUGGGUCCUUGAUGGCAGGUGAUGAGAUGUCUGCUGGUGAUUUGAUGUCUUUCCUGGUGGCGUCCCAAACUGUGCAAAGAUCUUUAGCCAGUAUUUCAAUCUUGUUUGGACAGAUGGUGAGAGGAUGCAGUGCAGGUGCCCGUGUUUUUGAGUACAUGUCUCUGGAGCCAAGCAUCCCCCUGACUGGUGGAGGCCGCAUCCCUACUGAGUCUCUCAUUGGACGAGUGGACUUCAUGAACAUCAACUUCUGCUAUCCCACAAGGCCUGGUCACCACAUCUUGAAGAACCUAAAUCUGACUCUACCUUCUUCUAAAACUGUCGCGAUUGUUGGACAGUCUGGUGGAGGAAAGUCUACAGUUGCUGCUUUACUGGAGCGAUUCUAUGACCCAGCAAGUGGAGUCGUCAUGCUGGAUGGACUGGAUAUCAAAACACUGGACCCCUCCUGGCUCAGAGGGAAAGUUAUUGGAUUUAUCAACCAGGAGCCAGUGCUCUUUGGCACAUCUGUAUUGGAGAAUAUCCGCUUUGGGAAACCUGAGGCCUCUGACGCUGAGGUAAUCUCUGCAGCCAAGCAAGCAAAUGCACAUGGCUUCAUCACUGGUUUUCCAGAUGGGUACAACACUGUUGUCGGUGAGCGUGGGGCGACGCUCUCGGGAGGUCAGAAGCAGCGCAUUGCCAUCGCACGCGCCCUGAUCAAGAACCCCAGGAUCCUCAUCCUAGACGAGGCCACCAGCGCACUGGACGCCGAGUCAGAGAGUGUUGUGCAGGAGGCCCUGGACCGGGCCACAACGGGCCGCACUGUCCUCAUCAUCGCCCACCGCCUCAGCACUAUCCAGGGGGCUGACCUGAUUUGUGUCAUGAGCAACGGCCAUAUCGUGGAGGCUGGCUCGCACUUGGAGUUGCUCAGCAAGGGAGGACUUUACGCUGAGCUGAUUCGCAGGCAGAGGUCUGAGGGAAAGAAAUGAACCUGUAGACAGUUUUCACUGGACAGAUUGUAGAACAUACCCUUUUAAAUGAGGAGUCUCGUUAUCUCAAGUGAAAGCACCGAACAUAUGUAUUUAUUUAUGAGAUUAUGUUUACUGAUUUAAAAACAUAAUGUGUAUAUGGAGCACUUAUAUUUUUAAAUUUUAUACAUAAUAUUUACCUAUUAAAAUGGUCAAUACAUCAUAAAAUAAUGCCAGCAUAAGGGUGAACAUUUUCAUAGAACACACUGGCUAGUAAUAUGUAAUAAAGUGUACAGAACGUGCUGUCUAAAACUAAUAAAUGUGUCUUGAAUGUA